AUGAAGUUUUCCUUUGUCUUGGUUCUUUUAUUAGAUAUCCCUCAUCUAAACGGGCAGCAGAAGAUCAAGGAGUUUGAACAUGUUCUGCUGAGACUGGCCUUCCCUUCAUUUUACAAUAGUUACAACAAGUCCUGCUGUAAACUCUAUCCAGGAGGAUGCUACAAGCUGCUGGACAGUUCAGGGUUUACCUGUGAUUUACUGAGAGGACGAGUUACGAAAACUGAGAAAGAUGGCUGGAUUGAAUUUAAGAUAUCGAACGUGCGGUUCGUGGACGGAGGCUAUUACAGAUGUAUUGUUCUGGGAACUGAAAACCGCAUCUACAGUGAUUACUACGUCGAGGUGUAUGAGUUCUCAGGUCACCACACUCAGUCACACCCAUCACUGACAACAACCAUCAAUGCCCCCAACACCUCCACAACAUUCCCAGAAUCCACUGAGCCAGCUCUGGCACAGGACCGCAGUGACAGUCUCAGAGUCCCCUGGAGUUUUGGCCUGCCUCUAGCUGUCAUUGUGUCUAUUACAGUGAUGAUUCUGAUCACUUCAGUUAUUGGUGUUGUUUGCUGCAGAGUCAAGACGAAGCGUAAACAGCUGGACAAAUAUGGAGAAACUCAGUGUGAGUCACAGAAACAAGAGGCCCCGGAAAUGAGCAGCAUAGUCUACACAACAGUGGACUUCAGAGUUCACCAGAAAUCGACAGAGUUGUACGCAAACCUGAGGAUGUACAAUACACAAGUGGGAGCACCUGAUUCAACCUGGAGCACGGAGCAUGAUGGGAUGGUGGAGUACUCCACACUCGCAAUCCACCAGUGAAAGUUUCGAUAGUUUGUGUUUAAUGGGACUGAUUUUAUUUGUUCCACCACAGAAAUCCAUUCAUUUAAAUCAUAAAUGUCAGUUUACCUGUCAUGGUUAGUGCUGCUCAGCCUGUGCAGUGUUUGAAAGACAUUCACCAGGUAGGGAGGAUCCAACAAAGACAUGCAUUUGGCUGCAUUAAAGGAA